GUGGCCGCAGCCCGCGCGCGCCAGCACAGGCCUCGCGCCCCCGCGCCAGCUAAUCUGCCCGUCUGCGCGCGCGCCGCCGACCGCCGGCACCUGGUGAGAUGACGGUGAGCUACCAGUAUGAGGUGGCGUCGUCGACGAGCGGCGGGUUCACGCGCCUGCUGUUCAUGUGGCGUGGCAGCCUCUACAAGCUCAUCUACCGCGAGCUGCUGCUCUUCGUCGUCUCCUUCGGACUGCUGAGUGCGCUCUAUCGGAACGCCUUCACCAAGGACCAGAGAACAGUAUUUGAGAAGAUGGUUAUUUACUGUGACACAUUCAUAAAUCUGAUUCCACUGUCAUUUGUACUGGGCUUCUACGUCGCAUAUGUGGCUGGAAGAUGGUGGCAGCAGUAUAUGGCAAUACCGUGGCCCGACAAGAUUAUGCAUUCCAUUGCUCUCUAUGUUAAUGGAAAUGAUGAACAAGGUCGAAUGGUAAGGAGAACCUUGAUGAGGUAUUUAAAUCUCACUUUGAUUCUGGUACUGCGAUCAAUAAGCUCUGCAGUGAAAAGAAGGUUUCCUACUCUUGAACAUGUGGUAGAAUCAGGUUUCAUGACACCUGUUGAGCUGGAAAUGUAUCAGUCAGUUCCAAGUGUUGAGUUUAAUACAUAUUGGAUACCAUGUACCUGGUUUAUCAGCCUGUUGAAGGAAACAAGGAGAACUGGCAGGAUAAAUGAUGCUCAGGGUCUUAAAAUAAUAAUGGAGGAGUUCAAUGAUUUCCGCUCUAAAUGUGGGCUUCUAUGGAGUUAUGAUUGGGUCAGCAUACCACUUGUUUACACACAAGUUGUCACUAUUGCCACAUAUUCAUUUUUCCUUGCGGCCUUGGUUGGGAGGCAAUAUGUUGGUGAUGCAAAGAAGCCCUUACAAAUGGAAAUUGACAUUUAUAUUCCAGUGUUCACCAUACUACAGUUUUUCUUCUUCAUGGGUCUGUUAAAGGUUGCAGAGCAGCUGAUAAAUCCCUUUGGUGAUGAUGAUGAAGAUUUUGAAUUAAAUUGGCUUAUUGAUCGACACACAAAGGUUUCAUAUCUUGGAGUGGACACAUUAAUGGCUAAAUCUCCACCACUAGUGAAAGAUAUGUAUUUUGAUCAGGUGGACUUGAUACUGCCUUACACCGAGGCUUCUGUAGCAUACAAGAAAAAGACAUAUCGUGGAUCUGUUCACAACAUGCAGGUGCCAGAGGAGAAACAUAUGAUGUUCCUACCUGAAAUAAUUGAAGAAGAUGAAGAUCGUGCAUCCAUAACAAGAGCCUCUCUUCAAAAUCUGCACACAUCAUCCAGUGCGAGUGGAUUAAAUACACCAACCACAUCACCAGCAGCAGGUAUCUGGCGGUUGCCUGGCCAGACUUCGAAAGGGAAUCUUAAAUUGCCUGAAAAUGUUGUUGAACAUGAGGGUGACAACUCACCUGGUAAACAUUUGGAGACUGAUAUCUCAGCACUCAAAAACAUCACAAACAGUUCAUCAAAAGGAGCUGCACAGACAGUGAGAGGUAGCAGCAGUUUUAGUCCAUUGGGCAUCACCAAACACCACCAAACUUCAAGCAGUGGCCAAUCUGCCAAGCCAAUACACAGUUCAUCUGCAGCACUGCUGUCUUGGCCAAGUUCAUCAACUCUGGGACACUCUGACAUCAGUCUUCACUAUCAGGAACCAUCAGAGGAAUGUAGCACAUGCAUGGCGAGUGCUGCAAAUGUUGUAACAACUGACAAAAUCAAUAAGUACACUGCAACUGAAUCUCAAAGGCUAUGGUCACAGGCAUCAGAGUCUUCAUUAGAACAUUGCUCUACUACCAAGAAAAACUUUCACUCUUCCAUCCCUUCUAAUUUUGAAGGAAUAGGUGACAUAAUUUUCAGCAAAAAGUUGGCUCCCAGUCACCUCCCAAAAAUCAAAAGCUGUCCAAGAUUAAUUCCAGUAAGAAGACAAAGUUCUUCAGAAGGUUCAAAAAAGAAAGGUGUUCGUUGGAAACCUAUGCUAGAUAAAGAUGGAUCAAAAACAGGAUCUAAUCCCAGAAGAAGAACUGUGGAUACAGUUCCUAACAUCUCUGAAAUAUAUAGUUACUCGAGCAGUUGUCAAGAUAGUGAAUCAAAGAUGGAUUCCAGCUUUGAUUUGGUCUGCAAACAUUGCAAACAUUGUACAUUUUGCCAAAGGAAACUUAUUCAUUCAUCAAAUGAGCUAGGAGGAUUUAAUUUACUUCAAGGCAGUGGGGAUAAUUAUUUCAGAAAAAUGACAAAAAGUACACCAAAUCUAUUAGUGACAACCAAAUGUAUUGUAAGCCAAGAUGAUCAAGGGCUUCAGUUACUGCCAAAUGAAAUAAAAGAGAUAGGGCAAUCUUCUAUUAGAAACUCUGUCACUAAAUGUAUGGGUGUUCCAAGUAUUAUCAAAUCAACUCAUGACAUUUCAGAAUGUAAAAAUAUAGACACUACCGCUAAUCAGAAUCAUGUAUUUUGUUCAGGUUUCCUUCGGAGAAUUUCAGAUUUUGAAGGAAAGUAUAGAAAUGGAAAAUCAUUUCUAGUGAACAGAAAGUGUUACAGUUUGCCAGAUGUUACAUUGUAUUCAAGAAAUAGUGAAUUAUUUUCAGAUAUCAGAGAGAAUGAUAAAAUAAAAUCUUCUGUCGAAACUGGAACUACUUCAGCUCCAGAAAGUCAAAGUUGUCAUUUUUUGUUUUCAUCUUUGUUGCAACUCCAGAGUAAUGAGAUAAAAUGCCCCACAGUAGGACAUAAUAAUAGUGAAUCUUGCCUCCAUAAAAGUGUGUCUGAAUCUGAUUGUGAUAUCAGGCCAGCUGCUAAAGACUGUAGUGUCAGUAGAAGAGAUAGUGCAGCUUCUUCAUUUGUAGUUUCUGAAGAUUCAGAAUCCUGGAGAUCAGCUGACUGGUCAGUUCUAUUGAAAGAUUUCAAAUCUAGUCAGAGUUCUCUACCACAAUAUGCGAGCAGCUUCUUGGGAAGAGAAGCAACAAACAUUUCCUUGGAAGAAGUGGUUAUUGAUAAGUCACAUGAGGAGAUUCCAGGAGAUACAUAACAAUGAUUAAAUAAUGUUAAAAUAUUUUUUUACUUAUGUACACUUUGUACAUGGAUUUUUACUUCAAGACUCUCAGACAUCCAUUCAAUGUUUACAGCAGUCAUUGUAAGUUACAUCCUGUAGUUUUGGGAGUUCUACUACUUGUACAUUCUACUUGUCCAAACUGUUUGGGCAGGACAAGCAAAAGAGAUCAAGACUGAUAACAUGUUGAAGAGAUUGUACGUUGGAUAAUCUUUCUGUGCUAAUUUCCUCUGUGAACAUUUUUGUGCUUUGUGAUAGUAAAUGUAAUUUAAAUAUUUACCUGGCACACAAAAAUGAUAUUUUAUAGCAUAUUACUUCCAGAAUCUCUUAAGUUUGAUUGGGUACACAACAAGAAAAUUUUACUAAUUAGACAUAUAACACCAUCUCAGAGAAUGUAUUCUUACAUUGUUGUAACUGGUAUUUUUAUGGUACAUUGCCAAUGAGCUAAUGCAAAUUAACACCAUAUCUAUUGCAAACUGUAACAGGUAGGCAAUAGAAAUUGAAGUAGACUACAAAAUUAAAUUCCUCAAUUUGUGGAAAAAGGACUUCUCUUUCCAGUAUAUUUGCAUAUAUACAUUUAUAUGUGGUCUAGGAAUGUUCCAGUUGCAUACCAUGCAGAAUUGUGAAUUGGUAUUUACAAUCAGUUGCAAAUAAAAGUAUUUUCAGUGGUAUGGAUUUACUGUUAUGUGAUUUCCUUCACAAUAAUUUUCAUGUAUUGAAAGAAACAUUACAGAACGCUUUUAUCACAAGGAAAUGAAGUUUGCAUUU